GGAUCUUCUUCACUUCAAAUACAGAGGGACAGCGAGACGCACCUACCUCCUCUCCGGCCGUGCAAGCAAGCACUGAAGUGAAGGGCGACUGACGAGUGAGUGAGUGACUCACUUUUUUGAAAAGGCUUUUCCAAGGAAGAAGACUUGGAACCUGAAGAUGGCGCUACUUCCAAGAUGGCUGUCACUGACGCUACUCCUGGUGGGAUUCUGUCACAGCCAACUGAGGAAUCUACGUCCCCUGAAAGGAAUCCUCUAUGACGUCGAAGGUCCCCGAAAUGCUUCCCAGGCAAACACAACGGAACUUAUCUUUGACGACUAUGGAGAUUACGGCGACACAUUUGCCUUUCGACCGCCUCUAUCUUCACCUCCAGCUGUGGCAGGUUCAAGACCGCCUCCUCCACCCCCGGCUUUUGGAUUUGGGGGCGGUUCAGGAGGUGGAUUUAUAGGCGAUACCGUCCAGUUUGCCCCCUUUCCAGUCUCUGCGCCGUUUCCUGAAGCUGAUUUUCCAGUGCCAUCAGUGGAAGAUUCUAUUCAAGAGGGCGUGGCAGCAUCAACACAACAGCAACUAGCUCAAAGCAGCAGACCUGCUAGCAAAGAGCUCGAGUUGAGCAGCAAGUUCCUGUCGGCCUUCCGAAGAGCAGACAAAGACGCCGAGGAAGCAUCGUGCGUUGGAAGAGCUCUCAUAGAGACGACCAAGCAGCACGCAAAGAGGCUUUCCAUCCCCUUGAGAGACGCCGUGCGACUACUGUCAGAUUUGGAAAUCGACCAGGAAAUGUGCGAAAAGAUCCUAGCUAAGGAAGGAUGUGAGGACUUCAAGAAACCUGCCCCAUGCUCAGAAAAGGAACCUUAUCGCAGGAUGGAUGGAUCCUGCAACAACCUAGAACAUCCUACGCGGGGCAAGUCAAUGAUACCCUUCGUCCGAUACCAUUACCCUGCGUAUGAAAACGGGAUUGACUCAAUGCGCGGCGAGGGCAGGACUGGCGUGAGGCGGCUUCCCUCGCCCAGGACGAUCAGCUACAAUCUGCAGACAAUCAGGGAGAACCCUCCUCACUCCGGCGUCACUCUCAUGGUGAUGCAGUGGGGACAGUUCCUCGACCACGACAUCACCUUCACGGCCGAGACACAGAUCAAGAAAGUCAAGAGACGAAGCGCCCUGAGAGGAAGUUCCUUGACCAGGCUUCUGACGGACCCUGAUCAAGACGAACUCUCCUGUCCAAGUCACUCUGAAGGAGAAGAUCUAGACACAGUUCCCCUAGAGUGCUGCCCAAAUGGCAAUCCAGUCGAUGAUCUGGAACUCACCGACUGUAGACCAAUCGACGUUUCAGCCGAUCCUCUAUUUUCGUCGGAAAACAGAACCUGCAUGAGGUUCGUCAGGUCACUAAUAGCUAGCAAAGGCUGCCAGUUAGGUCCACGAGAGCAGCUGAACCAGAUCACAGCCUACAUCGACGGAUCGGCUGUGUAUGGCUCAACAGAUAAAGUGGCUCAAGUCCUUAGGAAGAACGAAGGAGGUAAACUUCACAAGACUGAAAAGGGGAACCUUCUCCCUCGCAACUGCUGUGAAGAUAGAUCAUUCCGUUGCUUCAAAGCAGGUGAUACCAGAGUCAACGAACAGCCUGGCCUGACAUCCAUGCAUACCUUGUGGCUCCGAGUACAUGAACAGAUCGCAGAAGAUUUUGCUCGUGAAAACCCUCACUGGGAUGAUGAAACACUUUACCAAGAAACUCGCCGGGUCGUCAUAGCCCUCAUCCAGCAAACAUCAUACCGUGAGUGGAUGCCAGUAGUUCUGGGCCCCGAAAUCAUGGAAAAGGAAGACCUCAACCUACUGGAAUAUGCUCCUGGUUUGACGUACGACCCCGAAGAGGAUGCCUCCAUUGCUAACGUUAUUGCUACUGCAGCUUUUAGAUUUGGUCACACCCUUGUCAAUGAUGCCCUGAGGGGGGCGGGAGGCGAGGCAGUACCCUUGUUGGGCAACUUUCAAAACGCAAGGAUUCUCUUUGAGGAACCGACACGGCCCUCAGCUCUCCUCGAAGGAUUAGCAGCUGCAAAUUCCCAGGCACCAGACUUUUAUCUUGUUCUGACACUGACAAACAAGCUCUUUGCUCAACCGGCCAACAGGAUUGGCUUGGACUUGAUGUCUCUGAAUAUACAGCGCGGUCGAGAUCACGGCUUGCCAGCUUACACGAACUGGAGGAGAGCCUGCCAACUACCGGAAAUUUCCUCCUUUGAUGAUUUGUCAACAGUCAUGCCUCAAGCUGUAGUGCAAGUCUUCAGAGACUCUUACAGCGACGUGAACGAAAUCGACCUGUUCCCCGCAGCGCUGUCCGAAUUCCCAGUGGACUCUGGUCUAGUGGGUCCCACAUUUGCAUGCCUGCUGAGUCAGCAAUUCAAGAGCCUCAAAAGGGGCGAUCGGUUUUUCUUCCAAAACGAGAUGCAACCUAAACCCUUCCGUCCAGAUCAGCUAAAAUCCAUCGGUCAGUUAACAUUGGCCGCUAUCAUAUGCCAUAACUCGGAUAUCGAAACCUUGCAGCCACUAGUCUUCCGCACCAGAGACCAGAAUCAGAACGCCCCGAAACCAUGUUCAACCUACCCAAAAUUGGAUACGAGCCUGUGGAGGGAGGAUCAUCUACCAUUUAUUUCAACCACAACCUCCAACCCCACCCACAACUCCAAACCCAAAUCCAAUACCAACGCCAACCCCACCGAAACCCCCAACCACUCCUGCAGUGCCAGAAUCUCCUUAUUUGAGGCUUUUGGAGCAAUGGAGCAGCGAAGUGAGACCAGCUAUUCCAAAGUGCAAUACGACGGGAGUGUUCCCAUGAGCUUCAAGAAACAAAUGACUGUCGUGAUGGAAGAAAAGCAAGUGCAGUCACUCGUGUAAGUUCAUGGAUGUCCGGGUGUUUGAGAGAUUUCCAUUUCAACCUCUUUCUGGAUGACAGGUGUCUGGGAGUGCGAAACUGGCCAAAUGUUCAACUACCUAACUCUGCUGUAGACAGUUUCGGAGUGUGCCCGUCUUACGUCACUAUACAGACCCGUUGUCCAAAAAGGGGUUGGAUGGAAUUCAGCUUUAUGCCGGGAGACAUCCAUGAACUUAUAGUGACUAUAGAGUUACUCUCAGAUGAUACAGAUACGUCAGGACUAAUUUGAUCAGACAGUUUUUCUAAAAUAUUAACCUUCCUGUGUCUUUAUUGUACCUAAAUACCUGAAAAAAUUUUUUUUCUUUAAAAAUAGCCAUUGUAGAUGAGUACUUGGACAUUCUUAUUUUGUCACUUUAGGGUAAAUUUCAAGAUUAUAAUACAUUAUUAUAUAGAGGUGAAGAGCCACUGAGUUUUGUGUGGUCCUCCUAGACUCCUAGUCCUAGUCUCCUAGAGCCAGUUUGUCUGUCACGAUUCCCUCCCUGGAACUGAAAUUCCCCACUGGUUGAGAACCACUGCGCUAGUAUAUUCGUAUAUACAAAGCCUACAUAGGUUUUUACAUCCAAUAUACAAGAAAGCAAGUGACAAUAGGCCAAUAGAAUUAAUUUGUCUAUGUGUAGGUCAUUUCUGCUUAAUGAAAUCUCUAAUGAUAAUUUUUGUCAUUCUUGAGAACAUUUUUUUUCUAGAUUUGUCCACAGUUAGAUAUGAAAAGGUUUUUGAUUAACUAACAAAUUAAUUAUAGCGGUGUGACUCGCGAACGAACACCCAACAGUGCUAGUUUUAAGAGAGAACCUCUGGAACUGUAGCAGUAGGUUCGCGCGCCUGUGGCUCCCGAAACGCUAGACCCUGGCUUUUACUUUCACAGUGCUAGUAAGAGAUUUCACCUUGAACAGAAUGAUGACAUAACGUUGCCUUGUUUCAGUACCGUUUAUAGGGCCUACCCGAGGGAUAGAUAUAGUUUUGAUCAUGACCAAAUUCACAGCAACUGAAACGAUAAAUAAAUCAUACAAGUAACAAACGGAAGCCUUGUUAGUGGAACCUGACAAACACGAAGGAUAUUCCUUUGAGUUCAGUUUGGUUUCAAGAAUACAGAUGGAAAACUUUA